UGCGCACCGCUUUGCCAAGUGCUUUUACAUUACGUUUCGGUCUGCGUAAAAUUCUCUCUAUCGCUCAACUAGCAAUCGUGACGACAGAAGACUAUCUAUCAUACUUAUUCACGUUUUCGGCUUUAUUGUUUAGUCAACUUCCGUUUAAACAUCCCUGUGGGGUUUAAAUUGUGUUUGUGUCUGGAACUGUGCGAACCUUUGAUUCGUCAUCGACGCCGUUACAAAUUACAGACUACAGUGACAGCCGUUCAUUUGCGCGCUGCCCGAUUGUUAAGCACAGAUUAUCGACUUUUACCUGCUCUUCCGACUAUACAAAUCAGAAUGUCGUCUAAAAUUGAACAGAUAUUGGUCAUCGAACCGCCACACGAGCUCAAAUUCAAAGGUCCAUUUACUGAACCUGUUCAAACUGUUAUGACUUUGAAAAAUCCAGUUGAUAAAAAAGUUGCUUUUAAAAUAAAAACUACAGCGCCAAAACGAUAUUGUGUAAGACCAAAUUGUGGUGAACUUGAUGCUAAAGAAAAGGCAGAAAUAUCAGUAAUAUUGCAACCGUUCGACUAUGAUGCCAACGAAAGAAAUAAACACAAGUUCCUGGUACAGACGGUCAUUAUUGACCCAAUUACUGACUACGCAGAAGAUGGAAAAACAUUUCAGUGGAGAGAUAUUGAUGAAGGUAGAAUAAUGGAUUCUAAAUUAAAAUGCUCCUUUGAAAUGCCUUCGAUUGAUCAGUUAAUUGAACCAAAAAAUAUACAUGAUGAAACUACUGGUUUGUUAGAAAACAAUGCGGAAGCUGAUCUACAAAAAGUUGCCACUGAAAUGAAAGAGUUACGUGAAGAAGAGAAUUCAUUAAGACAAGAAAACAUCAAAUUAAAAGAGGAUUUAUUGCGGCUGCAACAUGAAAUCAAGAAUCAGAAUCAACAGAAACGCUCGACUGGUGGUAGUCAACAUAUGGUUAUGCAAAAUAGAAGUGUCAAUGUCACCUUAAUGGUGGGAUUAGCAAUAAUAGUUGCAAUGUUAGGUAUAAUUGCUGGCAAAUACGUGUUUUAGUAUGACCAAUUUGAUUUUGUUUAAAAAUAUUUAAAUGCCAAAAUAUUUAAAUUUUGGAGAGAAAAAAAAACACGUAUAUAAUAUUAUUAAUGUAUAAAUGAAAAAAGCUAAAAACAAUUGAAACUUGCAAUUUUGAUGUCAAAUUUUGUGCAUAGUCCUUUUUUGUUUAGUUCUAUAAUAAUAUUAAUAAUAAUAAUAAUAAUCAUCUAAAUAAUUAUCAUAAAUAAACACGAGUUGCCAUAAUUAAUAUACUAUACAUAUUUAGUAUAUGCAUAUUAAUUUGGAAUGGUCAUGUUGAAAUAUUUCUUAAUUCACAAGUUGAAUAGCUUUUAAGCCCAUUGUGGUGCAGGUGAUAAAUAAUUAAUGGUAUAUUGGUUAUUGUUUUUGUUCUUCUGUGGGAAAUUUGUUUUAAUAUAUACUUGUUUUGAAUUUUUUAGAUGAUAUUUAUCUAUCUACAGCUAAUUAUAUUAAAUCAUAAUUAUUUUCUCUUUUAUCUCUCUUUCUUAUAGAUUAAUAUUGUAUACAACCAACAUUUAUUAUACUUUUUUUCAAAAACUAUGUGUUUUCCAUCAGGUCCAACUGAAUGUAUUUAAGUUGUAUUAAUAAAUUAUGAUAUUAUUAUAAUCUUGUAAAUUUAAACAUUAUACAUUUUUUUAGAAUUUAUUAUAAAUAUUCAUAUAUUUCCUUUUUCAUAUAAAUAUUAUUGUAAAUUAUUUUGAGUUGACUUUAAUAACUUUUAUAUCUUCAAAAGAAAAAAAAUUUAUUAUUUGAAAUGUUGACAUUAAUGUUAACAUGACGACAAAAAUUCCACUAAUUUCAACUAGACAUCAAAACAAAAAUAUUUGUUUUGCUUAAAUAUUAUUAAGUUAUUCUAAAAUAAUUAAGUUUCUUAAUUUACACACACCUAUUGAUUUAAUUUGGAAACUGUAUAGUAAAUAGUUCUGCUUAUAGUUUGCUAACGCGAAUCAUAAUGCAUUUUAUAUGAAGCUUAGGUGGUAAUAUUUCAAGAAGAUCACAAAAUAUUACAUUUUUCAGAUACGACCCACUUAAGUAAACUGAACUAGAAUGAUUUUUGUUAAUUGAAAGUAAAAUUAUUGGAAAAUUACACAAUAUUAUAUGCAUUAAAAAAAAAUAAAGACAUUUUUGAUAAAUAUAACAUGUUAUACUUUACCUUGAUUCUAAGAGACUGGCUGUUUGAAAGAAAUAAUUAAAGUAUGGAUUACUGAAAUUAUACAACUAAAAAUUGCACCGAGCGAGUUAGUAAAAAGAAUAACAAAAUAAAUAGUAACUUAAGGAAUAAUAAUUGGAUUGAUAAUGGAGAUAUCUAAUUUAAAAGACAUUUGUUCGCUCCACUCUAUCUUGCCAUUAUCAAUACGACUUGAUUAUUUUUUUUUUUUACAAAAAAAUUUAAAAAUAAUUUGAUAGACUAAUAACUAUUAAGAUUUUUCUAUUCAGAUCCCUUGUUGUAUCAGAUAAUUGAUUUCAAUAGUUACGUACUAAGACAUCACUUGUAAAAUUAUUGACCCUAGGUACGCGAUUGUAAAGGUUAAAUACUAUGUUGUUUGCUGUGGGUUAACACCAGUGGCGUUUUUUUAAUUUUUUUUUUUUUGGGGGGGGGGUGUCUCACUUUUCAGGACUCCGUGUAUGGACACCUAAAAAAAAAUGUAAAAUAUUAUACGACAAAUUUGUAUUAAAUAUACAACAAAUAAUUACAUUUUUCUUAUAAGGAAACCCCUUUUUUAACAUUAUAAAGACAAAGGCAUUCUAUAGGUUUUACAUACCUUUACAUUAAAACUUUUAAAAAUAUAUUUGUUUAAAACUUAAAUUAUAAUUAGCCUCGACAGUCGGCACCUUUAGCAAAAGUCGUAAUCGUAGAGACCGGAACGAUAUAUUGCAAAAACUAAAUAACAAAAUUACCUUGAUUUUAUAAUUUAAUUUAAUGUAGUUUUGUUAUAAAAAGAAAAAUACAUAGAAUAUAAAACUAUAAAGAAUAUACAUCAAAUAUUGUGAGUAAAAAUCUUUAAUUCAUAAUUAUAUAAAAUGUUGUAUUAUAAAUAUUUACUAACAUAAGUAGGUGUUUAUAGUGGCAUUAGUGGUCAGCAUCGAAGGAAGGGGGGGGGUGGCUUAGAUCGAGAGAAAAAAAAAGGCUACGAAAAAUACGAAUUUAGAAAUUACAGACCCCGUUUAGUAAAAAAAAAAAAUGGGAAACCCAACAUUUUGUUUAAAAUACGC